UGACAAUUAUGACAUGUUUUUAUUAUGAUGUAAAAUUCAACAUUUUAAUUUCAUUAUCAAAUGGAUUAGCUAAUUUUUAAAUAGGCUUUAAAAACAUAUCGAAACUUUAAAUUAAUUUUUAUUUUAAGUAAGUAAUGAUUUAUUCUAAUUAAAAAUAUGGAUUCUGUACCAGAAAACGGUGUGCAGCAAGUGGCAGUUGUUAGCCACAGUCAAACGAAAAAAUUCGAAAAAGUAUUUAAAAUUAUCGUCAUUGGAGAUUCCUGUGUAGGUAAAACAACGUUAACCUACAGAUUUUGCGAAGGAAAAUUCCUGGAACUGUCUGAAGCUACUAUAGGAGUUGAUUUCCGCAGCAGAGUAGUCAAUAUCGAUGGAGACGAAAUAGUUUUGCAAUUAUGGGACACAGCAGGUCAAGAGCGAUAUCGAAUGUCAAUGGUACGUCAUUAUUACAAAAAUGCUCAUGCCGUCGUCUUUGUUUAUGAUGUAACGAGUGCACCGUCAUUUGAUUCUUUAAAAAAAUGGAUAGAAGAAUGCAACACAAACUGCCUUCACGAUGUACCAAAAAUUUUAGUCGGCAACAAAUGCGAUGGCGUUGCAGCUGUAACAACAAACGUUGCUCAAAGGUUUGCCGAUCAGUAUAAUAUGCCGUUAUUCGAGACUUCGGCGAGAUUAGACUCGCAAUGUGAUAAUGUAGAGGCAAUUUUUUUAACUUUAGCCCAUAAGUUGAAAAACCGUAAACAAUUUAUCCCCAUGACCCAGACUGCCUUGAGAUUAACCGAUAGCGCAAUUAGCGAUGUUUCCGAAGGAAAGGCUUCAUGCUGCAGCUAAUUUGACACUGUGCAAUUAACAAAAGAUAUCGAAAAGUAUGGUGAGAUCAAUUACAUAGUGCGGUAUAGGUCAAUAUUUAGUUUAAGGUGAAAAUGUAAAAAAUGUCAAUUUAAACUGAACAUAUUUUUUUUAUUUUAAUAUAUGUAUAUUUAUAUAGAAUGAUUUGAGUCUAAUAUUUAUAUUUAAUAUGUAAUAAAAUAAAACAUUUAA